AUGAACUACGCAAAUAUGAUUGAGGAGAAAAACCUCAAGAAAACAUUUAUUAUCGCCACGCUAUGUUCUACUCUCGUCGGAACCUUUACCUCAUCGAUGGGCCUCUGGGACCGCGUCAAAGAGAAGCGCAUACAAGCUAAACGGGACACUACCCAAGACGAAGAGAUCAAAAAUCUCAAGGCCAAAGUCGAACAAGCCUCCCUCGAACGCGACCGAGCCUCCUCCGACAGGCAGAGAAUACGGGACGAAGUCGAAGCCUCGUUCGAACGGUCGGGCGCCCUCAUCAAUCGCGAAUUCGAAAAUGGAUACCAGAGAUACGGCAAACAAUUCGCCAUUGGCGACGUCGUGACCGAGAAUAAAUUACAGGCACAGGUCAUCGCGUUGCAACAGACGGUGAUCAAUGUCCUUCAGGAUGCGCUAUACAGUGGGAGGCAACUUGACCGCGCCGAUAUGGCCAGGCUUGUUGCUGCCUCUGAUGCCGCGCGGGAGGGUUCUCUUGGUGCUCUCCGACAACAGCGACAGCGUCUGGGGGAGCUAGAGGGUCCAAUGCCUCCACCUUCACAAGCCCUUCUACCACCCAAGCGAGCUUCUACCGUGGUCAGAGACGAUCCUCUGUACUGUCGCUAUGCCCUCGAUCUACAAUACAUUCCCGAACGACCUCUCUCAACGAGCUUCGCCCCCCGCGGCGACCGUCUCUGCCCCGCCUGUGAUGUCUUUCUCGACGUCGAAGACGACGAUGGCUGGGCGAUCGGCAAGACAGCCACACGUCUGAUCACAGAGCAGGGCUACAAGCGUGAAAUUGAUGAAGAGCUCGAGUUCCAUAUAAGUCCGCGAUUCGUCAUAAAAUGCCAUACACCGGAAGGAGAAUUCGCCUGCGUGCUGUGCAGUCGCUUCCGUGAAGAAGACGUUCUAUGUCCUACGGCGGAUACUCUUGUCAACCACAUCGGAAAGGAACACAGCGUUGCAGAGAUGGAGAGGGAGUCUGACUUUGAAGUGCGUUCUCUAGAUCUCGAUAGGAGAAGCUUGGCUUCUGCCAGGCCUAUCGAUAUGAACAAGAGGAUCAUGCCGCCAAGGUCGGUGGAUUCAGGGAGGGGAAGUUCGUCUGGGAAGUCUGUCGCCGACGUGGACAGGCGAAGUGCGAGGGCUAUGAGUGUCGAUAGAAGGAGUAUGGAUCGAAGAAGCAUGGAUGGGAGAAGUGUGGUGGGGAGGAGCGUCUACUAA